CGUCGCGCCAAUUGACGUUAGGGUUGCGGACUGCGUGGGGUCUUACGGUUUCAGUCGCGGUCUCCGCCCUCCGAAGUGAGUGGUUAUUGGGCAGGCGAUAGGUGAGGGCAACGGAGCGGGAGAGGUGUGUUUGGGUCCGUUUUCGGCUUCGUAAUGGCAGCAGCCCUCAGGGUCACUUUCAGGCGAAAGAUCAUACCACCAUUGGGAUGUAUGUGCUACUCCUCUGCACCAACAACAAAAUUAUUUAUUGAUGGAAAGUUUAUUGAAUCUCGCACCUCAGAAUGGAUUGACAUUCACAACCCUGCAACAAACGAGGUGAUUAGCAAAGUUCCAAAGGCCACCCAAGAGGAGAUGCUUGCUGCCUUGAAUUCCUGUCAACGUGCUUAUCCCUCCUGGUCAGAGACUUCAGUCUUGAGUCGGCAACAAAUUUUCCUAAAGUACCAGCAACUCAUCAAAGACAACAUGACUGAAAUUGCCAAGCUCAUCACGAAAGAGCAAGGUAAAACUUUGCCAGAUGCUGAAGGAGAUGUUUUCAGAGGCUUACAGGUUGUUGAACAUACUUGCAGUAUCACGUCAUUAAUGUUGGGUGAGACCUUGCCCUCCAUCACGAAAGACAUGGACACAUUCACCUACCGACUCCCUUUAGGAGUGUGUGCCGGCAUCACUCCAUUUAACUUUCCAGCCAUGAUUCCACUCUGGAUGUAUCCUAUGGCUUUGGUGUGUGGUAAUACCUUCCUGCUGAAACCUUCGGAGCGUGUUCCUGGAGCAGCCAUGUUGCUGGCCAAGUUAUUACAAGAUGCAGGAGCUCCAGAUGGAACCCUUAAUAUUAUACACGGGCAGCAUGAUGCUGUGAACUUCAUUUGUGACCAGCCUGCUAUAAAAGCCAUCAGUUUUGUUGGUUCCAAUCAAGCAGGAGAAUACAUCUAUACAAGAGGUUCCAAAAACGGCAAGAGAGUGCAGUCAAACAUGGGUGCUAAGAACCAUGGAGUCGUGAUGCCUGAUGCUAACAAGGAGAAUACUCUGAAUCAGCUUGUUGGUGCAGCUUUUGGUGCUGCUGGACAGCGUUGUAUGGCCCUGUCUACCGCUGUCCUGGUUGGGGAAGCAAGAAGUUGGCUGCCUGAAUUGGUGGAACGGGCAAAGAAACUGAAAGUUAAUGCAGGUGACCAGCCUGGAUCUGACCUUGGCCCACUCGUCUCCCCUGAGGCUAAAACCCGUGUGUGUGACCUGGUCCAAAGUGGAGUGGAAGAGGGUGCCAAACUGCUACUGGAUGGCCGGAAGAUACAAGUGAAAGGGUAUGAAAAUGGCAACUUCGUGGGGCCCACCAUCCUCGCAGGAGUCAAGCCUCAAAUGAAGUGCUAUACUGAGGAGAUCUUUGGACCUGUCCUAGUAGUCCUUGAAGCAGCAACACUGGAUGAAGCUGUCAAUAUCAUCAACCAAAACCCAUAUGGAAAUGGCACUGCCAUCUUCACCACUAAUGGUGCCACGGCACGUAAAUUCACGCACCUGGUUGAUGUGGGACAGAUUGGAGUGAAUGUGCCUAUACCAGUUCCUUUGCCCAUGUUCUCAUUUACUGGAUCAAGAGGUUCAUUCAGGGGUGAUACCAACUUCUAUGGCAAGCAAGGUAUUCAGUUUUACACUCAAGUAAAGACAGUCACAUCCCAGUGGAAGGAGGAAGAUGCCACAUUAAGCAGCCCAUCUGUUGUCAUGCCAACAAUGGGCCGCUAAGUUCACUUCACCAAGAUGGCAAGCCGCAUGUUCAUCAUGACUGAUGUAUGAAGUCUGACGUGAUGCAUUUGGGCAGGUGCAGCAUAUUUCAAUGUGGCCCUUUCGGAACAUCGGCACAUCAAGACAAAAUGAAAGGAAGUUCUUUUCAACUGAUUGCAUGUUCAAAAUUGCUUAAAACAUUCAGUAACUUGAAGUUAUCCCCCCCUUAAAUCAGUUUUUAAGCUGCAUAAGUUCUCACGUUCUGAUCACAUAGCACAUAUCUAGAUUAAAAACAGAUUUUAAACAAAAAUAUUUUACUUUCCUCUAAACUUGAGCAGAUUGCCCAAUUUUUAUUUUUAAAAUAUGCUCCACACAAAAUAGUAUGACUGAUCCUGGCUUGCAAAAAAUGCAAGUUAAAGCUAUCCAAGUGUGCAGCCUUAAACCGUUAUGAUUAUACUGUUUUUAGUGUGAAGAAUACCAAAUAGCUGACAAUAAUUCAGUAGUACUGUUUUUAAUUUUAGUUGCAGUAUUGGGUGCACAGGUACCUUUUUAAUUAGGCUGAGAAACAAAUGUAACUGGUCAGCUUAUCUGUGUAUAUUACAGUUUUAGUCCUGAAAAAUACCGUUGGGCUUAGAAGUUUAGUCCUUUUUUUCACCAAAACCAUUUUUCGGAAAGAAAUUAUUAUAAAUUUGGUGCCUUGGACAGGUGUGUUUCGUCACAAUAAGUUGGAUAUGAGUUAACAGCAGUGACACGUGUUGAUCAAAUGAAUUACUGAGACUCUUAGACCAGAAAGAUCCCAAAUUAGAAAAAUUAUGCACUAAGAAGCACUAAUUUAACAAGGGAUUUUUAAAAUUUUGGGUUGGUUUUUCUUUUUUUGCAUCUCUUCACAAUCUCUUUCAAGCGGGUAUGGCUAACAAUCUGAAUGUCAUAGCUCUCAGUAAAGAAAUUAAUAACAAGCUAACUUCUGUGGUACCGGAUAAGGUGAAGGCUGAUGAAACUGUCCAUCUAGAUUAUUGGAUGGUCAGACCUUCUGUUUGUGAUCAAACCAUAAAUGGCAAUACGAGUGGACCAUUUGAUUCUUUCAGCCUGCUCCACAAUUCACUCAGAUGGUAUCUGAUCUACCUCAGUUCUCCUCCUCUUAUAGUCAUAGACUUUUGCAUACUAACAGGACACUGAAUCUAUUUGUGCCAACUAUUCAUGACAUCUGAGCAGCCACAGCCCUCUGAAGUGAUGUUCCAAAUACAACCCUUUGGAGUGAAAUUAUCUUUCCUCAUUGCAGUUGUAAAUGGUUGGCCACCUUAUAUGAAGUUGCAGCUUCUUAUCUCGAGACUCCCAGACAGGGAAACAUCUUUCCAGUAUCUAAUCUGUCUACUCGAGUUUUGUUUCAAAUAGGUCAACUCUCAUUCUGCUCAACUCAAAUAGGUCUUAUCUACUUGAGCCGUCCUUGUAGGAUAAUCCUUUCAUUCCAGGAACCAAUCUAGUGCACUGCGUCUAAGAGACACUAAUUCUUCCGUGAAUAUGGACACUAAAACUGUAGACCAUACUCCAUGUAUGGUCUCUCCAAAACCCAAUAUAAUUGUAGUAAGAUUUCUUCAUUCUUGACUUCAAUCCCUGUUUGCAAUAAAGUCUGUUUACUUUCAUAAUUGCAUGUUAACUUGCCAUGAUUCCUGAGUUAGGACACCCAGUUACCUCUUUACCCUCAAGGAGAAUUUUAUUUUUAAAUUCCUACCAAUUUUUAUUUUACACAUAUUCUAUUCCUUCCACCAUGUACUUUAUGCAUUUUAUCUGUACAAACUAUUUCAGCCUCUUCUCAUCCUCUUCUUGGCAUCCUCCCAUUGAGCUGUGCAUCAUUAGAAAACUUUAAUUUAUUACACUUGAGUCCUCAUCUAAGUCAUAGGUAUCAUUAUAAAUAACUGAGGACCAAGCAUUGAUCUUUGCAGUACCGGUUCACAAUAGCUGUCAGAUCAAAAAUUGAGUUUAGUCUUUGUUUUCUGUGUUAACCAGUCUGCUGUGCUAAUCUAUUAUCUUCUAUACCACGAGUCCUUUUUUGUAAUCUCAUGUGGUACUGUAUCAAAUUCUUUUAAAACAUUGAAAUGCAGUGUAUUCUCUAUUUCCUCACCCUUUUAUCUUGCUAGUUGUAACCUUCAAACUCCAACAGAUUUGUCAUGUGUGUUUACCCUUUUUCAUAAAUCAAUGUUGACUCUCCCAAAUAUAUAUUUAGAUAUUCUUAUUUCUAAGUGCCCUGUUACCAUGUGCCUAAUGGAUUCUAACAGCUUCUCUUUUGACCAGGUAACCUGACAUACACAGCUCCCUAUUUUCUAUUCCUUUUUCUAAGUGGGUUUAGGUCUUCUACCUUCCGAUCCGCAUAAAUUUGUAAUUCUGUAAGAUCCAAAUCUGUGCUGUUUUCUUUGAGCAGUCAACGUGAAGUUGUGCUUAAGAAAAAUUGUGAAUUCAUAGUGCAGAUGAGCUAUCCAAUUAAAUCUGGGUUGGAGUGUGGAGUAUAUAAUCUAUAUACCCAAUGUUGAGGUUUCCCCUUCAAAUUAAGAGGUGGUAGAGGAGCGUUUAGUCACACAUGAAGCUCUAUUUCCCUAUCUGUUUGAGUUUAUUGUAACUCUUGACUAAUCAUGUAGAAAUCAUUUGCAAGUUGACAGAUUAAACUUUUAAAUGCAUUGUGGUUUUGCAGAAAAAGAGGAUAUUUUAAAAGAUCAAUUUUCUGGAAUAGAGUUUGCAUGAAGUAAAAUCACAAGGGUCUGUUCGCAUGCUGCCUCUUGCACCUCCCUUUAAUUUGUCUGGUUGAAGGGAAUGUGCACUAGAAUUUUUCAGACAAGUCUCAAGUCUGUAACAAAAACAAGUUGCUGGUAAAGCUCAGCAGGUCUGGCAGCAUCUGCAAAGACAAGUAACUUCAGGUAUGGUGACUCUUCCUCUGUUCUGAGGCAGGGUCACUGGACUCAACAUUAACUUUGAUUUUUCUUUGCAGUUGCUGCCAGACCUGCUGAGCUUUACCAGCAACUUCUGUUUUUAUUCCAGUUUUACAGCAUCUGCAGUUCUUGGUUUUUGUCCCAAGUCUGUUGCUGCUUCAUCCCAGAGUUUACAAGGGCUGCAAUUUUUGGCUUAGAGGUUACCUUGAAUAUAUGUAAAUGAGGGGAAAAAAAAGUUCUCCAUUGGAAACCCCUCAAUGAAUAUAUAGAGGAAGUCUUGGGAAGACUGUUUUCUGUUUGUCCUGUCUUCAAUCUCAUAAUUGGGCAAAAAACAUGACCCUCACUUUCUAAACCCAAAUGUGAAAAGUGGUUACUUGUUGUGUAUUUAAGGAUGUUGUAAAAGAUACCCUCGAGCUGACUGAUAAAAAAACAUUAAACAAAAAGCAAAGGCUUCUUAUAAUCUGGAAUAA